GUGUCUCUCCAUAGUUUGCUUCAGCCUUUUCUCUGUUCUUGGUGCUUACGAACUCAAUAAACAUCUGCAGGAUGUUUGAUCCUAAAUCAAGAGCAUGGAUCGUUCCUUCACUCUGCUUAAUCUCCUUACUGGUCUCCCUAGAAGUCGACGGAAGUCCUGCGCCAAUGAUUCUCUUAGAAAGUGCAGUGGCCAAAGGAGCAGUAUGUCUGGAUGGAAGUCCCCCAGCAUAUCAUUUUUUACCUGGUUCUGGUUCUGGUGUGAAUAGUUGGUUGGUUUUCAUGGAGGGAGGAGGAUGGUGCAGGAACGUUACAGAGUGUGUCGAACGAACAGGUAAUUUCAGAGGUUCAUCUAAGUUUAUGAAGGAGCUCUCAUUCUCUGGCAUUUUAGGAGACAAUCAGAAAACCAAUCCUGACUUCUAUAACUGGAAUAGGAUCAAGAUUCGAUACUGUGACGGCUCAUCUUUUACUGGGGAUGUAGAAGCAGUCGAUCCAGCUACAAAUCUUCACUAUAGAGGAGCCAGGGUUUGGCAUGCCAUUAUCGACGAUCUAUUAGCAAAGGGGAUGAACAAAGCCGAAAAUGCACUACUUUCUGGUUGUUCAGCAGGGGGACUGGCUUCCAUUCUACACUGUGACGACUUCCGCAGUCUUUUACCAUCAAGCGCGAAUGUUAAAUGCUUUUCUGAUGCUGGUUACUUUAUCGAUGCGAAAGAUAUAUCUGGAGCAGACUCUGUCAAGUCCCUUUAUACUGAUGUUGUCAACCUUCAUGGGUCGACGAAGAAUUUGCCGUCUUCUUGCAAUUCGAUGGAAACUCCAAGCAGGUGCUUCUUCCCACAGUAUGUGAUGCCUACGAUGAGCACUCCCCUUUUCAUACUUAACUCAGCCUAUGAUUCAUGGCAGAUCAUGAAUAUUUUAGUUCCAAGUUCUGCGGAUCCUGGACAAGCUUGGGCAGAGUGCAAGCUUGAUAUUAAGAAGUGCUCUUCAUCUCAACUGCAGACAUUGCAAGGUUUCAGGUCGCAGUUUCUGCAAGCAUUGCCAACCAGCAACUCCACAGGCAUGUUCAUAAUCUCCUGCCAUACUCAUUGCCAGUCAGGAGGUCGGCCAACAUGGCAAGAUGUUGAUUCUCCAAUGAUUGAAAACACUACGAUUGCCAAAGCUGUAGGGGACUGGUACAAUGAUCGGAGUGCCGUGAGAAAGAUCGAUUGCGAGUAUCCAUGCAACUCUUCAUGUCCAAACAUCACUAAUGAGUGAACUUUAGCUCCUCCCCCGAUCCAUGAGCAUUCCGAAAAUAUGCGUGGGAGGAACUCCGUUCGCCCUCUUGUCCAACUUGCAAUGACGUUUACCUUGGCUGUGUACUUUGUUUGAAGAUGAGAAAAAUAACUAGCUGUAUGAUUGAAAAAUUCGAUCGUGCAAAGAAAAGAUAUUGAUUCUAAA